CGUUCUUCAGUUCCAGAAAAGAAGAGCAAAGCCCUAAAUCCCAAAUUGACGGAGGGAACUGGAGCACUAAAUUGUCGGCUUCAAUUUCAGCAGAGAAAGCAUUCGAAUUGGGUGAGUCCCAUUCUGAUCCAAAUAUGUUUGGUUUUUGCUGUAAAAGAUUGCGAUUACUAGUUCCAAGUUGUAGGAUUGCUGUUGAUUAUUCAGUCACCCAUCUUCAAAAGGCACCACCUUUUACAAGAUUAUAUUCAUCAAAACCAUUACUAGGGGUCCAAGAUGAUAAAGCUCGCUCUUUUACAGUUUCAUACCUUAUAAACUCAUUUGGGUUCUCCCCACAACUGGCUCUCUCUGCAUCCAACAAGAUGAAGAUACACUUCGACACCCCAGAAAAACCCGACUCUGUUAUUAAGCUUUUUAAAGACUAUGGACUCAGUGAUGCCCACAUCUCUGACAUUGUUAAGAAAUGCCCAGUUUUGCUUGUAUCGAAUGCUGAAAAGACCCUUUGGCCAAAACUCCAGUUUUUCACUUCCAUUGGCCUUUCGGGCAAUGACCUUGCCCGGAUCUUCCGUGUCAACGCAAAUAUCUUGACAUUGAGCUUAGAGAGAAGUAUUAGACCUUGUUAUGAUAUUAUGAAAACUCUAGAAAUACCCGAGCAUAAGGUCCCUUAUUUCAUUAGCAACUAUUAUAUGUUUAACCCCAAAGUAUUGAGCAAUGUACCUCACAAUACUUUGAUUCUGAGAGCGCAUCAGGUGCCAGAAGCGUCAUUUCCUCUGUGGGUGUGUUCUCAUUUGCUUGCACUGUCAUUUGCCUCUGAGAAGGUUAAGACAAAUGUCGAGAAGGUCAUCAGCAUGGGAUUUGACCCUUCGUCUACUACAUUCAUGAAAGCCUUGUAUGUGAUAUCGGUGACCAAUGCAGCAAAGUGGAAACACAAGAUGGAAUUUUAUGAGAAGUGGGGUUGGACUGAAGAUGAUGUGUUGUUGGCAUUUAGAAAGAAUCCCAUGUUUAUGAGCUUCAGUGUGAAGAAUAUUUCAGCUAAAAUGGAUUUUCUUUUGAAUAAAAUGGGUUGCCAGCCUGCAGAUCUGGCUGCACGUCCAGAUAUUUUGACUUAUAGUUUGGAGAAGCGAAUCAUACCUAGGUGUUCAGUCAUCAGAUUUCUCCAGUUAAAGGGCUUAAUUGUCAAGGAAGAUUUAUAUAUAAUUAGCAUUGUGCACAAAAACGAGAAGUGGUUCUUGGAAAGGUUUGUGAUCAAAUAUGAAGAACAAUUUCCUGAAUUGCAGAGCAUCUUACAGGGGAAAAUGGGUCUAGCCGAAUUUGGUUUAGGAUUCGACGAAAGUGGUGGAGUGUAACAAUUGUAGGACGAAGCUUGUUGAUUUAUCCUGCAUUCUAGUUUGAUGAUUCAGAGGAUUAAGUUCUCGUACAAAUGUCAAGUCUUGCUCUGUGUCAAGUUUUACAGUAUCAUAUCCUUUGCUCGACCAAAUAUGCUGUCCUUAAACCACUUAGUUCUGAGAGAUGAAGUCUUGGAGACAGAGAGAGGUGUAGGACUCCAAUUGGAUUGCUGUACAAGUUUAUUUUUGCAGGUUGAACUCAGUCAAACUGCCUAAACUCCGAGGCUUAAGGAAAGUCUCUAUCAACAGAUGGAUUUUAGAGUCUAUUUGAAAAAAUGGAUGAUGAAAUGAGUUACUGAACUGAUUCUUGACAGGUUGGGAAUCAAGGGUUUAGCCAUGGGUGCAAAAAGUUUGCUCUAAGAUGCCUGCUUGUGUUUUGCUGCUCUAACAUGGUUAACUCGAGUGUGAAGUGCAUCUCGAGUUAGUUUGUUAACAUUUACUGCUCUAUUGAGCAUGGAAUGACAUGUAAAGACAACAUUUGGGAUUCUCUGUCAACUUCUUUUCUUUACAUUUGAUCUGUAUAUAGUUGAUUUAAAGAGCAGAAUCAAGCUUAUCAUACGACUUAUUUCUUCUGCAUGAUAAUGGGUGAAUCAUGCUUAUGACCUUCAUCUUGUGCUGUUGAUUGAUGUGUGGCAUGUAUGGACUAAAUCUGCACUUAUGAGUUCUGCGGGAAAUUAACAUGGUUCU